AUGAGCAACAAAAAUGAAUAUGAUUAUUUUUUCAAAGUUGUAUUAUGUGGUGACUCGGGGGUUGGAAAAUCCAAUCUUCUUUCACGUUUCACUCGUAAUGAGUUCAAUUUGGAGUCCAGAUCUACUCUCGGUGUCGAAUUUAAUAUCAAGAGUAUUAAAGUAGAUAAUAAAAAUAUCCAAGCACAAAUUUGGGAUAUUGGUAGUAAUUCUGGUCUUGAGCGCUAUAGAGCGAUUAAAAGCGCAUAUUAUCGUGGAGCCGUUGGUGCUUUACUUGUUUAUGAUAUUUCCAAAUAUAAAACAUAUAAAAGCAUCAAUUGCUGGUUGAAAGAAUUAAAAGAUUAUGCUGACAGUAAUAUUGUCGUUAUGCUUGUCGGAAAUAAGAUGGAAAACGAUUUUUCUUUCGUCGAAACUUCUGCCUUGGAUGCUAGUAACGUAGAACUUGCUUUCCAAAACUUAUUAACCGAAAUAUAUCGUAUUGUAUCUAGUAAUGGUGAUAUAGUAUCUAGUAAUUAUAAGAUGAAUAACUUAUCUAGUAAUUAUAAGAUAAAUAACGUAUCUAGGAAUGAUAAGAUGAAUAACGUAUCUAGUAAUGAUAAGAUGAGUAAAGUAUCUAGUAACGGUAAUGUUAAAACGAGUAACAACAAUGGAUGUGAUUACCUUUUUAAAGUUGUCUUAAUUGGUGACUCUGGAGUCGGUAAAUCUAAUCUUCUUUCACGUUUAACUUGUAAUGAGUUCGAUUUGGAGUCCAAACCUACUAUUGGUGUUGAAUUUAAGACCAAGAAUAUUCAAAUAGAUAAUAAAACUAUCAAAGCAAAAAUUUGGGAUACUG